GGUAACCGUCGAGGGAUCGAAACUUUCUAUCCAAGAGAAAGCGGUAGAACGAUAUGGCUCUAUCACUUGUGCUUUCAGUGGUAAAGGAAUCCCUCAUUCAUAUCUAAUAUACCAUAAACGGACUUGAAAAAUUGAAAAGUUGGAGAAAUUGACUUGGGUUCAGCUGAGUCCCCCCCAGGAAUCAGACGAUGUCUAUAUUCUUCGUCUGAGUGAUUUCGUCGACGUAAAAUGUCAAGCAUCAAGUGGAAAACAAUGGCACAGCGUGCUUGCUGGAGUAAAACAAGACGAAAACGUCAUGAAAUCGACAUCAUGGGAAAAUGUUCCAGCCACUGGAAUGAAGCUGAACGUUCUUAUGUUCGGUUUCGACUCACUCUCUCGUAACACCUUCAUUCGAAAGCUGCCAAAGACUUAUCACUACUUGAAACAGAAUCUGAACACUCAAGUGCUUGAGGGCUACAACAUCAUAGGGGAUGGCACUCCGCAAGCUCUCAUCCCCAUUUUAACUGGAAAAAUCGAGUUGGAGUUGCCAGAGACACGAAAACGUAUGGGCCCAAAGGCGAAUCAUGUCGACGUCUACCCUCUUAUCUGGAAGGAGUACAAGAACAACGGAUAUAUCACUGGGUUCAUGGAGGAUGUUCAUCACAUAGGGACUUUCACUUACAGAUUGAAAGGUUUCGACCAGCAACCCACCGAUCACUAUAUGAGGACUUUUUAUCUCGCUGCAUCUCCAUUCUUCAGAAAUUCUAAGAAAUUUUGUUUGGGAGGAAUUCCUAGGCAUAUGCUGAUGUUAAACUACAUUAAAAACAUCUUCAAUGUUUAUCGAGACAAACCGAAGUUUGUGUUUGGAUUCCACGGAGAAUUAUCUCAUGAUUCUUACAACGACAUUGGAGUGGCUGAUAAUGAUCUCUAUCAGUGGGUGAAGGAUUUGCAGGAGCAAGGACAUCUGAAUAACACGAUUCUGAUUUUGAUGAGUGAUCAUGGUCACAGAUUUGCAGAGAUCAGGAAUACUUUGGCAGGAAAACAAGAGGAACGUCUCCCCUUCUUCUCCUUCACAUUCCCUCCCUGGUUCAAGCAAGUCCAUCCUGCCGCCUACGCUAACUUUGUCUACAACACUCGACAUUUAACAACUCCUUUCGAUGUUCACAAAACACUCCAGAGCAUUUUAAAAAUGACAACUCCAAAGGCGGGUGAUCUCAGCCAACGUGAUAUUAGUUUAUUUGACGAAAUUCCAUUAGAAAGGACCUGCGCUGAUGCUUUUAUCGAGCCCCAUUGGUGUGCCUGCCUGGGCUGGGAAGAAUUAUCAACGAUUAAUUCUACUGUUACCACUGCUGCCAAAAGUUUCAUCAAGUUCCUUAAUUCUUAUACUGAGGAGCAUCGAGAUAUAUGUGAAAUGCUGAAGUUGGAUCAGAUCUUGUGGGCUGCUAGACUCAUUCCAACGAAAGGAUUGCUAAAGUUUCGACAAUCAGGGGAUAAAGACGGUUUUAUCGGCGACUUUAGUGCAAAAACUCGCCUAACACAUGAGAUAUACCAAUUAAAAGUGAGAACCCAGCCUGGUGGUGGUCUCUUCGAGGCCAGCAUCGAUCAUGACGUCGAAAGUAACACGUUCAGUACAAAGAUAACUCACGUCAGCAGGAUAAACAAGUACGGAUCCCAAGCAAGAUGCGUCGAAAAUGAGUUCCAUCACUUACGUAAAUACUGCUACUGCAAAGAUUGGACUUCGCCAGUAUAAGUGUCACAAUUACGAGAAUAAAUUUAUCAGUAAAGUGGUGAAAUUCGAGUGGUCCAAAAUGACAGUUGUUUUUGCAAAUAUUUCUGAAAGUAAUAGCUCCGCAGAUUACUGUAGAGGAAUUUUAUUUUCUCGACCACGAAAUUUUGUACAAAAAGGCCUAAAGCGUAGAAUUCUGCUGACAGGUUGUAGCACCGAUAAUUGUUGAUCAUGGGUAAAAGUAGUAUUAAUCAUAUGUAAAUAACCGGUUUGUCAGUUCCCGAAUUCUGGUGAAAUGUAGUGGACCGCUACAUAUUGAUACUUUUCUCAUUUCCUUCCUUCCAAAGAUAUUUGCGAAAUAAUCUGUAAAUCUGUUUGAAACUAAUUUUAUGUUCUCUACCACUUCACUAUUCAGUAAUUAUUCGAAUGUGCUGUGAUUAUGUAAUAUAUUAAGUACAAUUAACAGAUGGUUCUACGUGCCAAUUCAAUUUUUUUUACAACUGCGAUAUUUUUUCCUUUCUUCUACUCAAUUCAGGGGAGAAAAAAUGUGAGUGUUAUUACUUGUCUCAAUAGAUCUCAAGACGUUCCAUAAAGUAAUUUCAAAACCAAAGUAAACUAGUGAAAUACUUGAGGAAAAGUGAGGUAUUCAUAGUAUUAAUUCUUUACUUAAUUUGAUUUAAUUCAUUUAGUUUAACUGGAUUUAAUUGAAAUCCUCGAAUCAUGUGGUCGGUCUCUCUCAAUAGUCAUUGUCAUUUUAAUGUAACAAUUCUGCAGUGUUGACAUGAUACUGAAGUGCACAAAAACAUUAAUUUAAGAUCAACAGCAUACAAUAAUGAUAAGAAUGAUUGUUGUAAUAAAAAUUUUAUUGUGAAAAAAUAAUUUUGACUAUUAUUAAUAAAUUGAGGAUUAUUUUCA